AUGGCUAUCUCAGUCAAAGGCAAAACAGCUAUUAUCACCGGUGCGGGAUCUGGAAUAAAUCUGGCCUUCGCUAAGUUGUUGGUGAGAAAUGGAUGCAACGUUCUGAUCGCCGACUUGGCUUUGCGCCCCGAGGCCAAAGUGCUAGUCGACAAGCAUACAUCUGGUACCGAACGAGUUGUCUUCCAGGAGACCGACGUGACAGACUGGAUCCAGCUUGAAAGGAUGUUCGAGGUGGCCGAGAGAGAAUUUGGUGCGAUCGACAUUGUCUGCCCGGGCGCGGGUAUCUACGAGCCACACUGGACUAACUUCUGGCGGCCACCUGGCUCGACCGCAAGCAAAGACUCUCCUACCAGUGGCCGAUAUGCGCUGGUGGAUAUCAAUAUUACCCACCCAAUCCGUACCACACAGUUGGCAAUUGCGCAUUUCCAGAAGCACCGCCAAAACGGCCGCCUAAAGCACGUCCUCCACAUCUCCAGUAUUGCUGGACAAAAUGCGCCGUUGUCGACUCCGAUUUACGUUGCCUCAAAGCAUGCCAUCAACGGCCUGGUGCGAUCGCUAGCCCAGCUGGAGAAGAUUGGCAUUCGUGUCACAGCAGUGGCACCAGGUGUUAUCAAGACUCCUUUGUGGACGGAUCAUCCCGAAAAGAUGAAAAUGGUGGCUGACAGUUCUGACGCCUGGGUGACGCCUGAGGAGGUAGCAGAGGUGAUGUUGGCGAUGGUAGAGCAGGAUCAGGUGAGCGAAAUUAUCGGAGAUAGAUCUAGCAGGGGUACCCAGUAUACAGUGAAGGGUGGUACGAUCAUAGAGGUGUCAAAGACUGUGCGGGAAGUUAAACAGUUCCACGACGAGGGACCUGGAAAUCGGCCAGGAAAUACUGUUUCACAUUUUGAAUCAGUGGAUAACGAGACCUGGGAUAUCUUGAAUCAAGAUGGAUGGGGACUAUCGACGAUAUAG